AUGAUUUUUACGGACGCUUUGCCAGCCAAUGCAAAUCCCACGGAGCCUGCCACCCAGACAGCCUCAAAAACCGUUGGAUUUGUGCAGGAGAAAGUCGAAAAUGCCAAUUUACUGGGUGGACAGCUGCAAACCUCGGCAACAAAGUUGGAUAAGUGGAAUUUGAUGAAAGUUCGCGUCGGUUUCGAUGUGACCAGGAAGGGCGAGCGCAGUCUAGUGAUUGACGGCUACAAGUUCACCAAGUCGCGCGAUGGCAUGUCUGACCGGGUGUUCUGGCGAUGCUCGCGUCGGGAGUGCAAAGCCACUGCGGUUACAGUAGGUGGACGAGUGGAACACGUCCGCAUCCUCCAUACUCACAAACCACCAACUCCAGGUGAGUUUUUCUCUUCCUCCGCUACCGCCACUGCCACUACGACGACGACGACGACUGAACCCAUAUCUCGCCUCGAUAUGAGCGCGCGGUCGAAUCCCACCGGCCGAGUUCGACGCAGGAGCCAUCAACAACAGCAGCGGCAGCAGCAGCUGCAACAUCAGACCGUUAAGUCGGUGAAUGAAGGGACGGGAAAAAACGAUUGUUCUUACCCCCGCGCCGUAGCUGCGAUCCUCUCGAAUGUUGUUGAACGACGCCAGGUGGAACAGAAGCUGUCGACCGAGCCGGAAACUGGGAAUGACUGCGGAACUACUCAAGAGAACUGUUUUCAAGCGGCAAAUCAACAACAGCAACUUCCACAACUCGUUUCUCCUGGGAGUCUUAGUCAGGAGGGGUCUCAAAAGUACCCCCAUUUCAACGAAAUCGACAGUCGGGGCCUCAGUACACUUGCCGACGCGGCUGCUCAUCAGUCGAAGCGCGACUCUCAAAAUUCAAUGUCUGAGAUGCCCUUCUCUUCAAGGAACAGCCUUCACAAGUCUCUCAUUCAGCCUGAACUAUCGCAGAAUCAUCAGGCGACCAUUCCUCCUGCUUCUUACAGCAAUUUAACCGAAGCUGGAAGCAGAGGGGUCCCUCCAACAGUGUUGACGUCGACUUCUGCAGUCAACAGCGGUGGUGUAGGAAUGCUGUUGCACUGGAAGAAGGAAAAGAUGCUCGAGUCGAAGGCGGAGGAGGAGAUGAAGCAGCACCGCCGUCGCCGUCACUUCACUGGCUCCUCUGCCGUUGUCGCUCCUCCUAGUGAUGUCUCCACAGGUGCUUCCACCGCCGCUACCGUUGUUGCCAUGGCCGAUGUGAACACUGCAUUCACCACACCGCCAUUGAAACGCAAGCGGUGCGCCAGUGCUUGCCAUCCUCUUAUCUCCUCUCCCUCCUCUUCUUCAUAUUCUCUCCCCACCGUUUCUGCGAUGCCGAAUGCUCAUGGGAUGAAUGAUUCGGCCGCCACCGCCUCGCCGCAGUCGAUCUCGGGUGGAGGAGGCGGCGGAACCGAUCAGGAGCCAGCGUCUGAUUGGUGCGCCCGGGUGCAGAAUGACUUGCUGACCCAGAUGUUUACAACCCUCCAACAGCUGGCUGCUCGAUUGAGCGCAGACUUGGAAGCGGACAGUGUGGUUGCCAACUGUCGGGCCAUUCAGGCCUGUCUUGACACUAUCAGUGCCAUCAAACGCGCUCGCCAGGAGGUGCUAAACGCUUCUUGUACUCCUUGA